UUUUACUUUAUUACUCAUUGAGCACCGAAUUAAAGAGAUCUCCUGAUUUCCCUCUGCCGGUCCUCUACACCUGCCGCCUUACUCCGCCGCACAUCGCCGGAAAACUGCAACGAAUACUCAUAAUAAUAUAACAAAACAUGGUGGUGGUGGCUUCGGGUACAAACUCAUUCGCUAAAGAGAUGACCAUUCGAAAACGCAUCGGCAACAUAUUUAAUAAAAGAGUGGAAGAUUUUCCAUCAUUAAGAGAGUAUAACGACUACUUAGAGGAAGUUGAGGACAUGAUUGUAAACUUGGUUGAUGGAGUAGACGUUCCUGCCAUUGAAGCAAAGAUUGCUCAAUACCAAAAAGAAAAUGCAGAACAAAUAAUGAAUGCUCAAGCUCGUAAGGCUGAAGAAUUUGCAGCAGCACUGGCAGCAAGCAAAGGACAAACUGCACAAACCGAUGUUGAUAUGAUCACGGGAACAGGCUCCCAGUUCGGGGUGUCAACCUCAGACGGGCAUUACGUACCUGCAGUUGCUGGAGGAAUCGCGCAACCUCGACCCACACAGCCACACCCGAUGGGGUCUGGGGAUGAUCUGCAUGCAUAUCAUAUGGAUGAUGAAGAAACGAUGAGACUAAAAGCAGAACGGGGCGGGAAAGCAGGUGGUUGGAGCAUAGAAUUAAGCCGAAAACGAGCCCUUGAAGAAGCUUUUGGGAGUAUUUGGAUCUAAACUUGCAAUUAAUUUAAUAUUUUUAACUUAUAAUAUUAGAGUGUAAAGAUUUUCAGGUAAUCGUGUCGACUUGUGGUUGAGUAAGAUCGCGUGCUCAUCAAGUGUCGAGAUCGGGAUCGCGUGUGUUAAGUCGGAAAAUGUAAAACAUUUUUGAUUAAUUUUGUAAUCUAAAUUUGUAAUUCAGAAAACAUAUGGAGAAGAGCUGAACUGUAUGGGAAAAUAUUAAUGUUUGUCAUUGCAAUGUAUUACCAAAGCUGAUAUAAAAUACUUUUUAUU